GGGUGCCGCAGGUGGCGGGUCCUCACCCGGGAGCACCCGGCGCCUGCCCGCGUUCGCACCGCGCUGGGACGGGAGCUGCGCGGGCCCGGGGGAGGCCGUGCGGGACGGGUCCCCCCGCCCAUCGGGAGAACGGGAGAGGCGAAGGGCGGCCCCCGUCUGGGGGCAGGAAGGGCCCCAGCGCCGACCCAGGCGUUGGCGCCGCUGUGGCUCGCGUCGCCGGAGCAGUGGACGCAGGGAACCUCCUGGCGAAGGCUCCUGCCCCGCGAGGUCUCUCUAAGUCUAGCCCUUGGAAGCCCCGCCCAACGAGAUGGCAGGGGACUAACCUGCGUCCAUCCGCCGGCUCCGCCCAUCCAGCCCAUGGGCUCCCAGCCGCCCGCCCUACCGUGGGAGAGGCCGUGGCCGCGAUGGCUGCGGACGUCGAGGGGGACGUGUACGUGCUGGUGGAGCACCCCUUCGAGUACACGGGCAAGGACGGACGCCGCGUCGCCAUCCAGCCCAACGAGCGCUACCGGCUGCUGCGCCGCAGCACAGAGCAUUGGUGGCAUGUGCGACGAGAGCCUGGCGGACGCCCCUUCUACCUGCCGGCACAGUACGUGCGCGAGCUGCCGGCGAUCGGCGACCCUGUCACCGCCCCGCCGCUGCCCGCGCCUCACCCCGGCCCUGCAGCCCCGGAACCGCUUGCCUACGACUACCGCUUCGUGAGCGCGACGGUGCCCACAAGCUCCGACGGCACGUCCACCGAGCCCCGCGGUCGUGCGGGCUCCCUGUGUGGCCCUGCGCUGCGUGGCGCGGCGACCCAGCACAGCAGCCUGGCGCCGGGCCUGCCCACCAGCUUGUACACGCGGCCUGCUGCGCGGGUGAGGCCCACGCAGUCCCUGGACGACCUGGCGCGCGCCGCCGCCGCGCCCCCUGCCGGCCUCCUGGGGAGCGACGGCCGCUUCAAGGCCUGCAGCGUGGCGGGCUCCUGGGUGUGUCCGCGGCCCCUGGUGCGCAGCGACUCUGAGAACGUGUACGAGGCCAUCGAGGACGUGCGCGGCCCGCCGCGAGAGGAGCGCCCCGGGCAGGUGGACGACCCCCCGGAGCCCGUGUACGCAAAUAUAGAGAGGCAGCAGUCCCGGGCCACUUCACUGGGCGCCGCCUCAAUCCCCCACCCUGACUCGGUGUGGGAGACGCACACGGACGCGGGCACCGGGCGGCCCUACUACUACAACCCAGACACGGGCGUGACGACCUGGGAGUCACCCUUUGAGGCUGCCGAGGGUGCUGCCAGCCCGGCCACCUCCCCGACCUCGGUGGGCAGCUGCGAGAGCCCCAAGAACGAGUGGGACCAGUACUGGGAUGAGGAGAGUCGCAGGGUGUUCUUCUACAACCCGUUGACGGGCGACAAGAUCUGGGAGGACGAGUCCGAGGACGAGGACGAGCUGGAGAUGCAGCCGGGCCUGAGCCCCGGCAGCCCCAGGGACCAAAGGCCCCCUACCCCCGAGACCGACUAUCCCGACUCGCUAACCAGUUACCCUGAGGAGGACUAUUCCCCUGCCGGCUCCUACAGUGAGCCGGGGCCCGCCUCUCCCUUGGCCACGCCCCCCGGUUGGUCUUGCCAUGUGGACCCGGACGGGCAGACGCUCUACACCAACCACUUUACCCAAGAGCAGUGGGUAAAGCUGGAGGACCAACAUGGGAAGCCCUACUUCUACAACCCAGAUGACACCUCUGUUAGGUGGGAGCUGCCCCAGGUCCCAGUUCCUGCCCCUCGAAGCAUCCGCAAAUCCAGCCAGGACAGUGAGACUCCAGCCCAGGCCAGCCCCCCUGAGGAGAAAAUCAAGACCCUGGACAAAGCUGGCGUGCUCCAUCGCACCAAGACAGUGGACAAGGGAAAGCGGCUCCGGAAGAAGCACUGGAGUGCCUCCUGGACAGUGCUGGAGGGCGGCGUCCUGACAUUCUUCAAGGACUCCAAGACCUCAGCUGCAGGCAGCCUGAGGCAGCCUUCCAAGGUCUCUACUCCCGAGUACACGGUGGAGCUGAAGGGGGCCUCUCUCGCCUGGGCCCCCAAAGACAAAUCCAGCAAGAAGAAUGUGCUAGAGCUGCGGAGCCGAGAUGGCUCAGAGUACCUGAUCCAGCACGAUUCGGAGGCCAUCAUCAGCACCUGGCACAAAGCCAUUGUCCAGGGCAUCCAGGAGCUGUCCGCAGACCUGCCCCCGGAGGAGGAAAGCGAGAGCAGCAGUGUGGACUUUGGGUCCAGUGAGCGCCUGGGAAGCUGGCGGGAGGAUGAGGCGCGGCCCGGAGCAGCUGCGCCCACCCUGAACCCUGGGAGCCAGGAGAGAGACUUGAGCAAGGUCCGGCACAAGCUCCGCAAGUUUCUGCUGAGGCGGCCCACGCUGCAGUCGCUGCGGGAGAAGGGCUACAUCAAAGACCAGGUGUUCGGCUGCGCACUGGCCGAGCUGUGUGAGCGCGAGAGGAGCCCGGUGCCGCGCUUCGUGCAGCAGUGCAUCCGCGCCGUGGAGGCCCGCGGGCUAGACAUCGACGGGCUGUACCGCAUCAGCGGAAACCUGGCCACCAUCCAGAAGCUGCGUUACAAGGUGGACCACGAUGAGCGUCUUGACCUGAACGACGGGCGCUGGGAAGACGUCCACGUUAUCACUGGUGCCCUGAAGCUCUUCUUUCGAGAGCUGCCGGAGCCCCUCUUCCCCUUCUCGCACUUCCGCCAGUUCAUCGCAGCCAUCAAGCUGCAGGACCACGCCCAGCGCAGCCGCUGUAUGCGGGACCUGGUGCGUUCGCUGCCCGCCCCCAACCACGACACCCUGCGGCUGCUCUUCCAGCACCUGUGCCGGGUGGUCGAGCGCGGCGAACAGAACCGCAUGUCCGUGCAGAGCGUGGCCAUAGUGUUCGGGCCCACGCUGCUGCGGCCGGAGACAGAGGAAACCAGCAUGUCCAUGACCAUGGUGUUCCAGAACCAGGUGGUGGAGCUCAUCCUGCAGCAGUGCUCGGACAUCUUCCUGCCGCACUGACCCCCACUGCUGGCGCUGGGGACACUGGACUGGGGGAACGAUGGUGGUCCCAGGACGCCAUAGAAGCUGGAGGCCACACGACUGGACUCUAUUUCUGAGACUCUCGGCCUCCCACCUGUCUCUAGGCCGCUGCGAACUCUGCACCCCUCGGUUCUGAGGGUAUGGUGACCCCUGGUGGGCAAUUCACAAAAUGUGAUUUUUUUUUCCCCUCAUCUGUCCUGUUUUGAAGUUAAUCGGGUUCUGUUCUUUAUUACAGCACCACCUACUGUGCCUGUGCGAGAGUGUGGGGGUGGGUGAGGUUGUUUUCUGGGACGGCCCAUGCCCCAUGCUGGGAAGAGGAAUUUGGGUGAGGGGCUUCCUGGCUUCCUCAGGCCUGCACCUGGUUGAGGCCUUCACCGAGACCCUCUGGGGCCCCUGGCACUGUGCGGUUCAUGAAGCAGCAACCGACAACUUCCCUGAUGCAGAAAUAGGACUGACCCUUGGCCUCCAGCAUAGGGAGCUGAACAUGCCUUCCCCUCAGGCCUCAGGGCUGAAACUCCGGCCCCGCCCUCUCACUGGCUGGCUAUGGACCAUUUUCAUCCGCUUUCUCGUUUGGCCUUCCGGGCCUCUGCCCCACCUGACCCAUUUGUGUUCUGUGCAAGGGUUCUUCCUAUUCACUAAAUGUGUGCCCUGCACCUACCACCUGACAUGUACCAUUUCUAUGCACAAUACUAUUUUACAGAUGAGAAAACUAGGGCUUGAAGAGGCAAAGUGACAUGUGCAGGGUCCGGUGGGUGAUCUGACUACCCACCUCAGGCUCCUCUCACACCAGGGCACAGCCUCCUGAGAGGGUGAAGUGGAGUCUUUCGGCUACCCUCCCCUCCACCAACCACAGAAUGAGCUUAUGGAUAAAGCAAAAGAAACUAAGCUGGGUGGGUUCUGUCUGGGCUUGGGGAGGUCCCUGAAGGCGAGGAGGGAACCCGCCCAGCUGUUUUUCCCUGGUGAGGAGGGGAAAUAGCACUGGCAGGAGCACCUAGCUCCUCUCAGCUCUGGCUGUCAAGUAUGCCUACCUGGUACCUACUUUGCCACAUAGAGCUGGGAGAGGCCUGCAGGGUGGGGGGAAGGAAAGCAUAACCUCAGUAAAGGAAGUAUGGGCCCUGGAGUCAGCAGCCCCUCUUCCCUCAUACACAAACCACCUCACUUUAUGGGUCUCAGCCCCCUGCUCCAUCCACCCAUUCAUUUAUUCAACAAGCAAUAAUAGCUAAUAUUUAUUGACAUUUGCACCAUGCCAAGCAUUUUACUUGGAUUCUCUCAUUUGUUUCUCACAGCCUAUAUUUAUUAUCUGCUCUUCUGUGCCAGGCUCUGGGGCAGGGGAGCUGCACAUUGCCUCCCUGGUGGAGUUUACGGUCUGGCAGGUGAGGCUGACCCAAGCCCACCCCUAAUGCCAGUGGGACUGGGGCAAGAGUACAAAUGGAGGCCUCAUACGUCGACAUAAAGUUAUAAAUCAAGCUAACAGCUGUUCAAUAAAAUAUGUUCUAUUCUCCCA